UGUUCAGCAAGUCUCUCCAAUUCAUCGACCCAUGAUCCUAUGGAUACGAUCGAAAUUGCAUCGUCAGGGACUGAAACUACGCAAAACUAUGAAGACCGCAAUGGAAUUGAGCGAGUUGCGCUGCAGGACUUAUCAUACGGCGAGUUUUUCGAAAGGUACAUGCGCCCGAAUCGAGCCGUUAUCAUAACAUCGGUUGCGGACGGUUGGGAUUGCUUCAAACGUUGGAUCGAUCGAUCGGUCCACCCUCACCGGCUGGAUGUGCAGUUCCUGAGAGGAAAGCUUCCAAAUCUUACCGUACCGGUGGCCGAUUGUGGCAAGCAGCAAUACAAUGCACACGAGAAGACCGAGAUGAAACUGUUUGACUUUCUGGACUGCUGGGAUGGCCAACGGAAUGCGGAAGUGCGGAGCCGAUACUAUCUUAAAGAUUGGCAUCUUCGCAGUGCGGUACCGGAGUACGAGUUCUACAAAACGCCACCCUUUUUCGCCUCCGACUGGCUGAACGAGUAUUUGCUGGACCGAGGGACGGAUGACUAUCGGUUCGUGUACAUGGGACCCGCUGGCACAUGGACCGCUUUUCACGCGGAUGUCUUUGGAUCAUUUAGCUGGUCGGUGAACAUCUUCGGUGAGAAGCUCUGGUAUCUUCUCGUUCCAGGUGAAGAAGCGAAACUGCGGGACGGGCUGCAGAAUCUGCCAUUCCGUGUGACCGAAGAUGAGCUGCAAAAUGCCGGUGUUCGAUACUGCACCGUAAACCAACGACCUGGAGAAGCAAUAUUCGUUCCUACUGGUUGGUAUCAUCAAGUUUUAAACGUAGAAGACGCCAUCUCCGUAAAUCACAACUGGUUCAACGCGUGUAACGUGGCUGCGGUCUGGAGAAAUCUACGGGCCGCGCUGCAGGAUGUUCUGCGUGAAAUUGACGAUUGCAGGGACAUGGAGAACUUUGACGAGCACAGCCAGCUGAUGCUGAAGGCCAGCUUUGGUAUGGAUUAUGCCGAUUUUGUGGACAUCCUGUGUUACAUCUGUGAUAAGAGAAUGGCCUUGCUGGCCGCCGAAGGUGAAUCACGAAAAGGAGAUCCCCCGGCCGAGUAUACGUUGGGCCGGAAUCACGCGGCGUUCGAUCUAGUUACCAUAGAAACGUUGUUAUCCGCAGUGCUAGAAUCGCGGGCGUUUUCCUCCACGCCAGCUGUAGAAGAAAGCGCAUCAACAACAGGCGUGAUAGCCAAGUCGUUACAACUUUGGUGCAGAGGAAAGUAAAACGACACCCUGCUCAUGCAGUCGAAUC